GAAUUACAUGUACGAUAAGGUUCCCUCCUUAUGUGGUACUGUGUUGAUGACAAAUAACAAUGGCGACACAAUCCUAUCUUGUGAAUCUCAACUCCUUCCAUUCAGGAAUCACAGGUAAACUAUUCAACCUUCUUCUAUUCCUUCUAUUAUCAAACCCGCUUUCACUCUUUUUUCUUGUUCCCUUUUCCCAUUAUGUUGUAGGAUGGAACCCUUCAACAUUCAACCCUUCCAAUUUUGGCUUUGGCGUUUUCAAAAGUUUGAAGCAUCCUUCUAGAAGAAAUGUCAAAGGAAGUUCACGAAUCAUGCGAUUCUGUUCGUGUUACACAGAAAUUGAAGCUUCUACCGCCAUAACAUUCUCAACAUUCAAUGCAGCUACUGCACCAAAAUGUCUUGAUUUUGAUGUAGACUUGAAUAGCCUCAAGCUUAACAUACCAGAAGCUUUACACACUUCUACAGAUUUCAUGACAAGGUUGAUGAUUCUUGCUGAUCUUGAUCCUGGCGCUGCAAAAUUUGCUAUUGGAUUUCUAGGUCCCUUCCUCUCAGUGUUUGGUUUUCUGUUUAUAAUUAGAAUAGUUAUGUCUUGGUAUCCAAAACUCCCUGUGGGAAAGUUUCCAUAUGUAAUAGCUUAUGCUCCUACUGAGCCACUUCUCAUUCCUACCCGGAAAGUGAUUCCACCUCUUGCUGGUGUGGAUGUUACUCCUGUGGUUUGGUUUGGAUUGCUCAGUUUUCUUAACGAAAUAUUAGUAGGUCCACAAGGAUUACUAGUUCUUCUUUCUCAACAAGUCAACAAUUAGUUUACACAUUUAGUGUGGUUGUGAACGACAUAGUUUUCUAUCCUAUUAAUCUAUCAUUCUUUUUGGUUGUAUACAAGGUUAAAUUCUGACAUCUAACACACUAUAUACUAAUCAUUUUAUUUACUCUUGCA